AUGAGGCUCCCUUAUAAGUGGAAGAGGAGAGACAGUGUCAGAGUGACUCAUGAGAAGACUCGCCUGGCCACUGCUGGCUCUGAAGGUGGUGAUACGUGGAAUCCCCUUGAAUUGUGUUAUCAGUUAGGAAACAUGCAAGAAAGAUUAGCUAACAACCUGAUACUAAAGGGCGUAUUGACAACAGAGAAACAGAACUUCCUACUGUUUGACAUGACGACACAUCCCCUCACCAACAACAACAUUAAGCAGCGCCUCAUCAAGAAGGUCCAGGAAGCUGUUCUGGACAAAUGGGUGAAUGACCCUCACCGCAUGGACAAGCGCUUGCUGGCCCUCAUUUACCUCGCCCAUGCCUCCGAUGUUCUGGAGAAUGCUUUUGCGCCCCUUCUGGAUGAGCAGUACGAUUUAGCCACCAAGAGAGUGCGGCAGCUCCUGGACUUAGACCCCGAAGUGGAAUGUCUGAAGGCCAACGCCAACGAGGUUCUGUGGGCGGUGGUGGCUGCGUUCACCAAGUAACUGCUCAGAAGGAAGUGUUCUCCUUCUCGCUCGUAAACCAGGAGCUUUUCUUCGCUCGGCUUCUGGUUUUCUGCAUUUGUACUUUCCCACAUUAUAAUUGAUUAGCUUUUGUUUUAUGAAAUGAU